AUGGCUGCUUCUUCGAUUCCGCCGUUAACCGCCGCAACCUACGGCGUUCGUAAAUCGAUCCUCCUCUCUACCACCUUCUCCUUCCCCGCUUCUUCAUUGCCUCCCACUACCAAAUCACAAAGACACAUUCAGAGAUUGCUCCAAGCUUCCUCCGCCGCCUCUGCCGUUCCUUCAGAUUCUAAACCGGCGAAGAAAGAGACAGUCUAUUUCGACGGCGGAGCUCAUUACGGAGAUCUAUUGGCCAAUCUCGUCUUAGGUCUAACCAUCCUGUGGCUCCCACUAACCUUAGCCGCCGUGUCUCGAGCGUUUAACCUCCGUUACAGGUUCACCAACCUCCGCGUGACGGUGAUAUCGGGUCUCACCGGAGAAGAUCGGAGCGAUUUCUCGUACAAGGUGAUUAAGGACGUGCAGGUUGUGCCGAGGUUCAUCGGAGAAUGGGGUGACAUCAUCAUCACGUUGAAAGAUGGAACGAAAGUUGAUCUGAGAAGCGUUCCCAAGUUCAGAGAGAUUGCUAAAUACUGCCUAUCGAUGGCCGAUCAACCUGCCGUCUUGAAAGAAUCUGGUGCCAAAGGCUUUUGA